AACAACUAAACGUCGACAUAGCUAGCUGUCCUCGUCUAACUACAGCACCAUAUAAUCUUGCCGGAGUAGGAUUAGGUGGCAACACGUCAAUAAUAGAAUACCUUCAUCGCAAUGAUAAUGCACCGUGGAAUCAUAUAACAUGGGAUAUUCGAGAAAUACUCACAACCAGCUGCCGUGAUUCCUUUGUCAUCGGAUCUUCUUACGCUGCAAAACCACACAUGCCUCAUUACGGACAUCUCAUUAUGAAUGCAACGUACAGAGCACCUAUGGAUCUUAAGAACGAGAGUCGCCUUAUUUUCGCAGAAAGGCGUAACGGACAAACAACAAUAGAAAAGUUAACUGAUCCUAACCAAAUGAAAGCCACCCAGGGCAUUAUGUUUGUCAGCGAGGCUUUAGAUGGUGUUUUGAAAAUGAAAUACGGAAGUGUGGCGUGUAAUCUUAUGUGGGAUGAUUAUCAGGAGCCUGUGUUACCAUUUUAUGAAUUUAUUAAAAGACAGCAAUGUCCCGAAAUAUAUCUAGAGUCAGAUAUGGUAGCCGUUGGCACAAUAAUUAACUAUGAGCCAAAACUAUGGACUCAGGAACAGCGUUAUGAUGUUGUAGGUUAUUUGUCCCGGUUAUGCCGGACACAAAAAAUCAUUGUUCUUGAAGUUAUCAUAUUAUAUUAUUUACCAUAG